CCCCGCCUCCUCACCGGGCGCCCGCCAACUCCCAGCUCACGGCCCGGAUUGGCCGCUGCCUUCCCGCUUUCCUUCCCGAACCGCCAUUUUGAAAAUCUUGUUGAUUCAGGGGAUCCGAGCGCGCGGCGCGAGCGUCACACGGAUCCCGCAACCCGUGCGCGCCUUCGCCUCGGCUCGGCCUCCGUGAGCCGCGCGCAGCCUCCUCGUGCUCUUCAGCUUCCAGGCUCGCGGCGGCCAGGACUCCGCGGUCCCCAGCAUGUCCUCCUCGGCGCCAGCUGCGGAGGGAGAGGAGACCCCCGUGGCCCCCGCGUCCGAGAAAGAACCCGACAUGCCGGGUCCCCGGGAGGAGAGCGAAGAGGAGGAGGAGGAGGACGACGACGACGACGACGAGGAGGAGGAGGAAGAGAAAGAAAAGAGUCUCAUCGUAGAAGGCAAGAGGGAAAAGAAAAAAGUAGAGAGGUUGACUAUGCAAGUGUCUUCAUUACAGAGAGAACCAUUUACUAUUGCGCAAGGAAAAGGGCAGAAACUCUGUGAAAUUGAAAGGAUACAUUUCUUUUUGAGUAAGAAGAAAACAGAUGAACUUCGAAAUCUGCAUAAACUGCUUUACAACAGACCAGGCACAGUAACCUCAUUAAAGAAGAAUGUAGGUCAGUUCAGUGGUUUUCCAUUUGAAAAAGGAAGUGUCCAGUAUAAAAAGAAGGAAGAAAUGUUAAAAAAAUUCAGAAAUGCCAUGUUAAAGAGCAUCUGUGAGGUUCUUGAUUUGGAAAGAUCAGGAGUAAAUAGUGAGCUUGUAAAGAGGAUUUUGAAUUUCUUAAUGCAUCCAAAGCCUUCUGGCAAACCAUUGCCAAAAUCUAAAAAAAAUUCUAGCAAAGGCAGUAAAAAGGAACGGAACAGUUCUGGAUCUGCAAGAAAAGCAAAACAAUCCAAAUGUCCUGAAAUUCUAUCAGAUGAAUCUAGUAGUGAUGAAGAAGAAAAGAAAAAUAAGGAAGAGUCUUCAGAUGAUGAAGACAAAGAAAGUGAAGAGGAGCAGCCACCAAAAAAGACCUCUAAAAGAGAAAAACCUAAACCAAAAGCUACAUCUAAAAGUAAAAAGUCUGUGAAAAGUGCUAAUGUUAAGAAGGCAGAUAGCAGCACUACUAAGAAGAAUCAAAACAGUUCGAAGAAAGAAAGUGAAUCUGAGGAUAGUUCAGAUGAUGAACCUUUAAUUAAAAAAUUGAAGAAACCACCUACAGAUGAAGAGCUAAAGGAAACAGUCAAGAAAUUAUUGGCCAAUGCUAACUUGGAAGAAGUCACAAUGAAGCAAAUUUGUAAAGAGGUAUAUGAAAAUUAUCCUGCUUAUGAUUUAACUGAGAGAAAAGACUUCAUUAAAACAACUGUAAAAGAGCUAAUUUCUUGAGGACAGCUGACUUGUUCCUUUAGAUUUGAAGAUCUGAUUUAUAUACUAUUAUACCAGCAAAGAGAAUGUAUCUCCUUUUCUAAAUCCUUGUAAAAUGUGUUGACCUUUUUAUUGUUACAUAUAUUUGAGUUUGCUGUUUUGAAUUGCAUUUCUAUGCAGUUUUUAGUCUAAAAUCUUGCAUGGCAUUAAUUGUUCCUUGCUUUUAUAGCUGUAUUUUGUACAUUUUGGAUUUCUCUAUAUAAGGUUAUAGAUUGCUGAACCGUUGUGGGUUUUAGUGCACUAACGUUGGCUUGCUUAAGACGUAACUUUUAAUCACGUAGAACAAAGGUUAGUAUAACUGGCAUUUAUACAUGCAGAGACUGUUGCAGUAUUUAGUAUAGGAAAUACUUUGAAUACACCUCGUCUGUCAGCGUGGAAACUUAGUGACAGUGUGUUCAUAUUAAAUCACACAAGCAAUGACUCCAGAAAACUGAGUUGGAACUUCUGCAUGUGUAUAUAUAUGAAAUUGUCAGCAUGACAGAAAUAUUUUUGUAUUUUUCAAAUCCAAUUUGUUGUAUAUAACUUUUUUUUAUUUCUUUUGUGCAGAUCAAUUUUUAAACUCAUGUAGGUAGGUAUCUUUGCACUUGUAUUAAACUAUGAAAUGUCAGUGUUCAGCCAGAUGGUAUGAUGGAGCAGUGGAGGGCAGAGUUCAGUGACUAGAACGCUCAAGCUCUCUAGUUCUGCUUUGCCCUUGAAAGUGUCAUUAAGUACGUACAAAAGUGUCCUAUGUUUUAUAUUGUCAGACCAAAAUCAACACAAAAACUUGGGAAAGAGUAGGAUUAAGUAUACACAUUUAGCUUAUAGUAAGUGAACUGAUUUUUAACUGCUUUUGACCACCUUUGUAAUUAUGAUAAAAGUACCAGGUGUAACGCCAGAAAAUGUAUGGACAAUAGUAUUUCUCAAGUUUUUAAUAUUUUUAAUGGAGAAAUUUACUAUUUGUGGAAUCAGGGCUGUUAACGCAAAGGCUGGUAACAGGUUUUAAAUUUCAGCCAAUCAGGAUUCUAAGUGAAAAAUAUGGACUACCCCAAAUUUAAAAGAAUUUUGUGUUUUAAGUUACUCUUUAAAUUUUAAUAUGCUGCUUAUGACAAAUAUUUGAUGUAAAAUUUGAAUGCUUAAAAACAUUUACAUAAGAACUACAUGAAAAGUAUAUUUCAUAGACACAUAUAUAUGAUAUUAGGGAAAGGUAUACUUGAUUAAAACAAAGUGAACAGAAUAAACAACAGCCCUAAAAAUUGGCCUUUUAUUUUAAUUGAAUAAACCUUGUUAAUAAAAACCAA